AGCCCUAUUUGCAUCUGCUUAGUAGCCUCAACAGACAUGGCGUCUUUCACUGUCAGGUCCCUCCUCCGCUCCGCCACUACCUCCGGCCGAAAAGCCGCCGUUAGACUUUCCGGUGGUUCCAAGCCCAAGGCCUCUGCCUCUACCUUUCGUAUCCCAUCACAGAAACCACUUACCGCUCGCAUUUUCAGGUCACCUGUUGAAAUGAGCUGUAUAAGAGUGGAAACGAUGUUUCCAUAUCACAGUGCUACUGCUUCUGCAUUGCUGAAUUCCAUGUUAUCUGGCACUCCUCGAUGCUAUGGUUGGAGUCUUGAAGAUUUGUGAAUCAUGCAGCUGAUAUUGAAUGUUGAUGAGUUAAGUCCAUAAAUGUCGGGCUGAAAGUUGCUUAGCAUAUAAAUGUUGCCUUCUCAAUUGUAGUUGUUAAGAUGUAAGUGACAGUCUAAUACUUGUAUUUAAUCAGAUUGCGAGGAUGAUGUAUGAUGAAUGUCAGAGAGUUCAAGUGAAGCUUUAUGUCCAAGCGGUCUAAAAGAAUAAAUAGUAGAGUACUGAAUGAGAACAUGGGUAUUUACAUCUUGAAGUCGUGAGUUAGCUCAUUGUAAUUAUAGAUAUGUAAUGGUCAAAGCAUGAAUUGACUCCAGAAUUUUAUUGCAUUUCUUUACGGUUAUGAUGUUAGAUAUAGCAAUAUAAUUACCAGAUUUUAGUUUCCUUGAAUUGUUCUAGAGAAUCUAUUGAUGUCUUCUAUCAUUUGUAUAUUGCCAAGUUGCUUCUGAAAAGAUUGUAUCAUGAGUAACUUAGACGGGCGUCGUGUGGACAACCACAAGUAUUCAUGUCUUUGGGUGAUCUAGAUUGUUCUUAAACAAGCCUCAAGAAUAAAACUUUGAUUGCAAUGAUGAUUUAUGAUGAAUAUCAGAAGGUUCAAGCAAAGUUUCACAAUGCAGUCUAAGAGAUUGUCUGAAAGUAGGGUACAAUAGGAGCUCCAAAGAAGAAAAAUAUAUCUUCUACUGUAAGUCUGUAACUGUGAUUUUGACCCCCUUCAGUGAAUUCUGGAUCGUAAUUGAGUGUUCUUAAUUACUCCUAGUAUAUGUUUGUUGGACAACUUUUGAGCUCAUUGUACUUGGACUAUGAGAACAAAAGUAUCUGACCUUGUCUACAAUUUUGUUGCUGGAUACAGUUCUAAGGUUUCUCCAUGAGCAUGGAAAAUCAGAUGUGUGUGCGUGGGUGCGCGGGUGCGCGUGUCUGUGUAUGCUUACGCAUUUUGUUGCGUUUUAAUGAUGCUUAUGCUUAUGUUGCUAAAAGAGCAAUGUUUUGAUGCUAAAAUCUGCUUAGCAUCUAAAAUCUUGAUUGCACAAUGUUUCAAUUUUAUUGAAAGAGUUAUUACAUAGUAGUUUGACUUUGGCCUUUCCUUGUUUAA